AUGACACAAGUAUUAACAUUGAAUAAUAAUACAACAAAUAUUGUUUCAUCUAAUCGUUUAUUAUCCAUAACAAAGAAUGAAAAUAAAGAAAGUAUAACACUUAUUUGGUUUGAUCCAAAUAUUGGAUCACGUGAUGAUAUUGAACAAACAACACAACUUCGUCUAAUUAAUGAUUAUGUUAUUAUACAUAUUGAUCUUGAACGAUGUAUUUCAUUUAUUCAAUCAAUUAAUAAAGAAAAAAUCUUUUUAAUUACAUCAGGAUCAGAAGCAUUACAUAUUUUACCUCGAAUUUCAACUUUUUCUCAAAUUGAUUCAAUUUUUAUUUUUUGUAUGAAAAAAAAUCGUUAUGAAUAUUUAUUAAAAGAAUAUACAAAAAUUAUUGGAAUAUAUAAUAAUCUUAAUGAUUUAUGUAAAUCAAUUAAAGAACAAAUUGAUCUUAUUAAUAAACAAAUACAAACAUUUUCUUUUUUUAAUCAACAUGAAACAUUAAUCAAAGAUUUAUCUUGUAUAUCAACAGAAUUUCUUUGGAUUCAAUUAUUUAAUUCUAUUAUUACUAAUCUACCACGAAAUCAACAAGCAAAACGUCAAAUGAUUGAAAUAUGUAAAGAAUAUUAUUAUGGAAAUACAAAAGAAAUGAAAACAAUUUAUGAAUUUGAACGAUAUUAUCAAUCAAAAGAUGCAAUUUUUUGGUAUUCAAAACAAUCAUUUAUUUAUAAAUUAAUUAAUAAAGCAUUAAGAAUAGAAGAUAUUGAUUUAUUAUAUAAAUUUCGUUUUUUUAUUAGUGAUCUAUCAGAAAAUCUUCGAUCUGAACAUGAAAAAAUUUUAUUAUCACAAGAAAAAAUUUUCGAUAUUUAUCGAGGUAUUAAACUUACUAGAGAAGAAUUUAAUAAAUUAAAAGAAAAUCAAGGAAAAUUUAUUUCAAUAAAUGGAUAUUUAUCCACUACUCGACAAUUAUCAUUAGCAUUAAAUUUUGCAUUAAAACCAACAAAAAGAAUUGAUAUUAUAUCUGUUCUUUUUCAUAUUCAAUGUGAUAUAACAAAAAUUGAUAAAAAUAUUAUUUUUGCUGAUAUUGAUCAAUUUAGUGAAUAUCCAGGUGAACAAGAAGUUUUAUUUGAUUUAAAUGCAUGUUUUCAAAUUCAAUCUAUUGAAGAAAAUCAAUCAUUAAAAAUAAUUAAAAUGAAUCUUUCAAAUCAAGGACAAAAACUUAUAAAAGAUUUUAUUGAAUUAAAAAAACAAGAAAAUCAAGGACAAAGUAUUUCAAUUAUUUUUGGAAGAUUAUUAUGUGAUUUAGGUCAAUAUGAUAAAUCAAAAAAUUAUUUUCAACAAUUAUUUAAUGAUUCAAAUGAUGAAGAUUCUGCCUGGAUUGAAUUUAAUAUUGGUCGAGCUCUUCAUCUUAAAAGACAAUGGAACGAAGCUCAUGAAUAUUAUAAUCGUGCAUAUGAUCGAAUGAUGGAAAAUCAACCAGCACGAAUCAAAGAUUCUGCUCAUGUUCUCAAUAACAUUGGUAACAUUCUCACUAAUCAAGGAAAACACAGUGAAGCUCACGAUUAUCUUCAACGAGCAUUAAAAAUUAGAGAAGGAUUUUAUCCACCUGAUCAUGUCGAGAUUGCUCAUGUUCUCAACAAUAUGGGCAAUGUUUUUGUUAAUCAAGGAAAAUACGAUGAUGCUUUCGAUUAUUAUAAACGAGCAUUGAAAAUUAAACAAAAAUUUUAUCCAUCUGAUCAUCCCGAUAUUGCUAUAAGUUUCAAUAAUAUUGGUAAUAUUCUCUCUGAUCAAGGAGAGUACGAUGAAGCUCUUAACCAUUAUCAACAAGCUUUGAAAAUUGAUGAGAAAUUUUAUCCAUCUACUCAUAUCAAUAUUGCUCAAAAUCUCAAUGAAAUUGGUCGUAUUCUCUUCGAUCAAGGAAAAUACAGUGACGCUCUCGAUUAUCAUCAACGAGCAUUGAAAAUUAGAGAAGAAUUUUAUUCAUCUGAUCAUGUUGAUAUUGCCGAUAGUUUAAAUAAUAUUGGUAUUUGUUAUGAAAAUCAGAAGAAACGAAAAAUAGCACUUGAUUAUUAUCAACGUGCACUGACUAUAUAUGAAAAGUUUCUUCCUGUUAAUCAUCCUAGUCGACAGAGAACUGAAAAACAUAUUUGUCGACUUACUCAAAGAAACUAA